UGGUUGUGAGGUAGGUGUUUGGGCUAUGGUUUGGGUUCAUACAGACCUACGGACGCGGAAGACGUACGGAAGCCUAAGACAGGAUAUACGGGUUUAGUUGUUCAGUAGACUUCUUGCACGAUGCGACUUCUUGCUGAACUAGUGGUUGUCGUCGUUGUUUUACGCCAUGCACAGGGUGAUGCGAGUCUGCAAUGCGUGAGCGGUCCUUUCCACAAACCGUCACCGUCAAAGGAAGUCGACAUAGGAGCAAACACUGCAUGCGGCGAAUAUGUCAGCCUGUCUUGCUGCCCUGCUAACGUCUCGGACGCUAUUGACAGACAAGGUGACCGAGAGCUGUACAAUUUCCACUGGGAUGACUGUGGUACGAUACCGGAUGCAUGUGAACAAUAUCUGAAGGCUGAGAGCUGUUUCUUCGAAUGCGACCCAUAUCUUGGACCAUGGAAAGGUAAAUGGGACGGUACACUGAACAAAGUACCGAUAUGUGCUUCUUAUUGUGACCAGUGGUUCGAGGCAUGUAAAGACGUGCGCCUUUGUGCAGCAAAUUGGAUAACAGACUUCGAAAAGAACAGCACAACUGGGCGUUACCAUUGUAUCAAUGACACAUGUCAGACUUUUACGCAAUUCUAUCAAAAUGGCAAGGGAUUAUGUGAAAUCAUGUGGGGAGAUUCCUUCCAAUAUGUUGCAGAUAAUCAGAACUGUAUGGUGAUGAAAUUCGAGGGCGACAACCCCAAUGCAGAGGUGACCAGUGGAGCUACCCACAUUGCAUGCUGGCAAAGUAGUCUGUUCUUGUUGCUUGUAGUCGUUUAUAGUCUUUUUCAGUCCUGAUUGAAGAGACAAACAAUUAGUGAGUUUUGUCAGACUGGAACCAUUCUGAGGGGAUGGUCAUUAUGUGUAGAAUAGCACGCUUGUCAUUGAUGGAAAGGUUUUGUUUCAUGCAGCAAUAAAGAGUAGUUAGAUGAGUUGCA